CAUUCCACGCCCAGAGAAACUUUUGGCUGUUUUCUGAUGCUCUGACCCGCAAAAGAGGAGCGGAAGCUCUGUUGUGUCCUCGCGGGCGCUGCUAUGGCUGCCAGGGCGAGCCGGUCAGGGGCGCUGUGGAGCGGCGGUUGUUGCCGUUGCUGGGCUCCGUCUCGCGCUUGCUUCUGAGGGGAAGGGGGAGGAAUCCACAUAAACGCACACUCUAGGAAACGGGAAGGGGUGGGUGGGGGUGCAGUGCAAGCAUGACGGAGCACCCGGAGCCCUGCGUCGAGGUGGGGGCCUUGCGGGAAAAGGUAGCUGCCCUGGAGGUGGAGUUGGAGUCCUGUCGGGGCCGCCUGGAGCGAGAGAAGAAGCUGCGCCUCAAAACCCAGGCCAGCCUGGCCAAAUUACGGAGAGAGAUUGAAGUACACAGUAAGGACAGCAAUGAUAAAAAAACAAGCGAGAAGUCAACGUCCACUGUAGAAGUGCAAACUGAAAAUGAUGGGGCAUGGUCACAUGCAGAUUAUUACUAUUAUAGCUAUUAUAACAGUACUGAGCUUCUGCCUGAUUCAUCUAAAGUGCCGGACCAGCCAAAUAGUGAUAAUGACGGUUCAAACUCUAAUUGUAAGGAGCAGCUACCAUCAAGUGAUCAUUCAGCUGUUAACGGCACAAGGCACAAUGAACAUGAGAUGCAGGAUAAUGUAACCUGUGAUGUGCAGGAAUCAGAAGAUGCUUUAUUAGCAGAAGGUACACUUGCAGAAAGUUUAAGGGCUGCGGCAGAAGCUGCUGUUUCACAAACAGGAUUUACAUAUGACGAAGGCACUGGAUUAUAUUAUGACCACAGCACUGGAUUUUAUUAUAACUCGGAAACCCAACUCUAUUAUGAUCCAACUACUGGAAUUUAUUAUUAUUGUGAUGUUGAAAGUGGUCGCUAUCAGUUCCAUUCACGGGUUGAUCUACAGUCUUAUGGAACUUCAGCUGCACAGCAGCAGACCAAAGACAAGAAAAGUAAGAAGAAGAGGAGAGAUGCUGAGCGGCCAAAGGCAAGUGAACACAAGGAUACAGAUGAUCAAAAAUCAUGCAGCACUCUGCAUUGCCUUUUCAUCUCCAAUGAGCUAAGCUCUUCGGAAGAGGAAGAAUUUCCAAAUGUGAAAAAGGCUAAAGUGGACAAUAGUGUAAGAAAUAGUCUAGCAUCCAAAGAACGAAGUACCACAAAUGGCACCAGUUUAAAUCUUACCAAGAAGGUCAAACAUUGCACUGGUCUUUUUAUGGACGAUAGCAAGACGGAGUCGGAGAGUGAGCCAGAAGAAGGGGAAAUCACAGAUUCUGAGCAGGAGGACUAUAUUAGUGAAGAUGAAGUAACAAGCGAAGAAACGGCGAAUUCAGAAGAAACUGACAGUGAAGAUGGAGACAAGAUCUGGCCGCCUUGUAUUAGAGUGAUUGUAAUUAGAUCACCAGUUCUGCAGAUGGGAUCUCUGUAUAUCAUCACAGCUGUCAAACCUGCCACCAUUGGAAGAGAAAAGGAUAUGGAACACACACUACAAAUUCCAGAAGCUGGAGUUAGUAAGUUUCAUGCAGAAGUGUACUUCGAUCACGAAUUGCAGAAUUAUGUUCUUGUGGAUCAAGGCAGUCAGAAUGGAACUGUGCUUAAUGGAAAUCAAAUACUGGAGCCAAAAGCAAAAAGUGAUCCUUAUGUUCUGGAACAUGGUGAUGAAGUCAAGAUUGGAGAAACUGUACUAUCCUUUCAUAUACACCCUGGUAGUGAAACCUGUGAUGGAUGUGAACCAGGGCAAGUCAGAGCCCACCUUCGCCUUGAUCAAAAAAGUGAAUCUUCCAUUGGCCCUGCACUGACAAAAGAAGAGAAGGAGUUAAAUAGAAGAAAAGUAUUAAAACAAAUACGUGUCAAAUAUGGUUUGCAGAAUGCAGAAUAUGAAAAUGAUAAUGUGGUGAAAAAUCGAAAGUACAAAGACAGAGCAGGAAAGCGCCGUGAGAUGGUUGGGAGCGAAGGAACCUUUCAUAGGGAUGACGCUCCAGCUUCUGUACACGUUGAAAUUAGUGAUAGCAACAGAGGUCAUAAAAUGUUGGAGAAAAUGGGAUGGAAGAAAGGUGAAGGACUUGGAAAGAGUGGUAGUGGAAUGAAAGAUCCGAUCACACUACAGCUUCACAGAAAACAAGCAGGCCUGGGUGCAAGUAUUCCCAUCUCAGCGGAAAACGUUCAAAUGGUCAACACAAAGAACAAGAGGAACUGGGAAAAAGCAAGAGAGAGAUUUGCUGAAAAUUUCCAGGAUCCAAAACCAGAGAAAAACGUAUCAAAAAAUCUGUCUUGGGUUAGAGAAACUGCAGAAUGAGAUUGUUCAGUUGAAAUUACUAACCUGUUUAAAUAGCUGGAGUUUAUUUUAUGGUAAAAUGGGAGUUCAGUUAUACGUAGUAUAACAGUAUAUUCUACAGUUGGCUGGGCUGGCUGACUGGUUGAAAUUCAUUGUUUGGUUUAUAUGCUUUUUUUAAAGUAGCGUUAAACAGGAGGCAUGCAUGAAUUAACAAUACCCCAGCUCUUGACUAAGGGGAUUUUGAGAUGGAAUUUUGAAAUGUGGAUAAUUUAACAGUCAUUUUACUUGCUUUGUGACUUUUCUUUAUCCAGCUGGUCAAUGAGUUGACAUAUUGAUGUUUUGUUCUCAAGACUCAUGAACUUUAUAUGAAAUGAUGCAAAAAAAAAUUGCUGUGUAUGUGUGUAAACACUUUUAGCAAAGCGAGCAUCACUGGAUGUAAUAUUGAUAUGCCUCAUCUAGUUCUUAUUGAUAAUUGUGAAUAUUUUCUAAGUGUUAGACAACAUCCUAUUUUAAAUGGAGUACCAAUUUAUUUUUGGUGAAGAUCAGUUGGCAGUGAGGGAUUACUUUCUUCCAUGAAGAACUUUAGUGUUGUAUAGGUAGCUUGUAUCACAUAUUGAACUAGCAUGUUCAGAAACUGCUGUGAUAUUCAAAGCUGUUGCGCAUGCUAAGAAUGAGGUGAUACUGCCCUCCCCCUUCAGAAUCCUAUGACUGAAUGGUCCGUAAUCUCAAAUUUUCUAUCUGUGGUUGGCUAAUAUGCAAGAACUCUAGCCAAAUCUUUGCCAUAAGUGCUAAUAUUCUGUAUCAGGGGUCUGCAACCUGUGGCUCUCCAGAUGUUCAUGGACUACAAUUCCCAUCAGCCCCUGCCAGCAUGGCCAAUUGGCUGACUGGCCAUGCUGGCAACGGCUGAUGGGAAUUGUAGUCCAUGAACAUCUGGAGAGCCACAGGUUGCAGACCUCUGUUCUGUAUGCUUGGGGAUUCUUGUAUUCUGAAGCGAUAUACUCCAGAAGAUCUGUACCACGUGCUGAUUCUUAAGGUGUAGAAACCCUACGAUGUAAACUGCCAUUUACGAUUUCCAUCUUUAAGGCACUUCGCAGGCACUUGCAAAGCCACCUUGAAAUUUACAGUACUAUUCAGUGGAUUAAAUGUUAUUAAAUUAGAAUUAUUUAUCAGCCUCUUGGGACCGUUCUGUAUCCAUUGCUGGCAAUGGAAUGUAAAGAAUCUUGAUGGUUCUUUUUCUUCUUUAGGGCAGAGGUCAAACACAUGGUAUUUAUUGAAAUGUUAAUAAACACAAUGCUUUGAAA